UUUACUCGGUCCGAGAUGGAUAGGGGCGUGGAAGGUCCCGUCUGUCUCACCUCCGUUCUUACUAGCCUCUCGGGGCCGUCAGCUCUGCAAGGUAUUGGCGAGACUCGUGGAUCUCCGUGAGGCCCACGUCCCACCCUGCGCCUUCUGGGACCACCUGUCUCCUUGCCGGUCCAGUCGCUCCGUCACGGGUUUGCAUCAUCUCCAGGAUGAAUUCAGUAACUGCAGCGCGAUUUCAUUGGAUGUGGAUGGUAACAAUCUGUUGAGAAUGGCUAAUUCUUAAGGAGAGUAUCCUUAAGAUAUUUUUUUUGGAAAUGGAUUCAGAGUCCUGUAACCGAGCUUUCUCCCAGGCCCGUGUAUAUCUUGAACAAAUUCGAAGCCGGGUUGCACCAGGGAGUAUUGACAUACAUGGUCCUGGGAAGCGCGACUACCUGGUGGAUGCAGCUAAGCAGAUCCGCCUGGCUCUUGAACGGGAUGUAAGUGAAGACUAUGAAGAGGCAUUCAACCACUACAAGAAUGGUGUGGAUGUGCUGCUCAAUGGGGUGCAAGUGGAUCCCAACAAGGAGCGCCGUGAAGCCGUGAAGAGGAAGAUCACCCAAUAUCUAAAACGGGCAGAGGAGAUCUUCAAUUGCCAUCUACAACGUAAUUUGGGGAAUGGCAAUUCCACUGAAACGGGUUACAGCAGUCUUCGCUUCCGUCCGAUAAGGACACUCAGCACACCAGUGGAGAAUCUCAAGCACUGUAAAGUAGUGGGAAUAAUUGAUAAGGUGCAAAUAGUGCAGGAUCCAGCUACUGGGGACACCUUUAUAUUGAAGAGUAUUCCCAAAUCCUAUGUGGAGACCCGGGAAAGACAGACUAUCAUCCCACAUGGAAUCCCCUUUAUGACAGAAUUGCUGCGCUAUUCUGUAAGUAAGGAUUCCAUCUUCCUCCACUUGGAACAUGUGAAAGGAGGAAAUCUCUGGUCAUAUCUUCGCUCCCAUCAUGGUUCUGCCUCUGUCCGUUCUCCCUCGCUGAGUCCAAAGCUCACUUUGGAUUUUGGGUAUAUCAGGGAAGAGAAGCACAUAGAAAACCUUCAUGAAACUGGUUCUGACUCUCAGCAGAGCUGCAAGAUCUAUCCUGAAAACAAUAACGGCCCAAUUCCUGUACCUGUAAAUUGUCCCCUGUUGAAAAAAAUGGACUGCUUGAUGUCUAUGAAACAUUCAUCCAGCCCUCUUUCUUCUAGAACCUCAAGUGACCACAGGUGGCAUAUUGAAAAGGCAGGUGGACCAUGGAGGGAGAAUCUAAGCACAACCCACCCCUUUCCUGGUGCUACAGAACCUACAAGCAAAACAGUACCUCAAGAACAUAGUCAGCCAGCCAGUCAGAGACUGACUUUCAGAUCCUGUGAUUCAUUUAUGACAAUUGAUGGCAUUGGGAAUGUAUCUGGGAAAGAGACUCCUCAGCCAGAACCAAAGAUACAAACAGGUGAAAGGUUUAGCUAUACUGCCCCAGAGGGAACAAGAGGAUACAACAAAUCAAAGGAAGAAACGCCGUGGCAAAACCAGUUGUAUCCUGGAACUCUUGAAGAGGACCACAGAGAGAAGAUAGAAGCAAGAGAAGAAGACCCUUUUAUGCAGAGGGCACCAAUUCUUGAUCAUAAACAUUUCAAAACCCAAUCAACAAUAGGAUGGCAUGGAUCUUCAGUGGAACCAGUUGCCCAAAGCCAUACCCCUGUCAGUUGGGUCAUAAAUGAGGAGCAGAUCCAAAUUUGGGCAGCUGAAUUGAUUUUAGCUCUGGAAGGUCUCCACCAACAGGGAAUCUUGUGCCAGGAUCUCAACCCACGAAAUUUGCUUUUAGAUGAAACUGGCUUGAUUAAAUGUCCUGGAAUCACAUCUGUUGAGACUUUAUCGCUGAAUCAUCCCUCAGGGAUUCAUCCAUACACCCAGAUCUAUCUUCCAGAAAAGCUCAGCCAGUCUGCUUCAUCACUACUCUCAGAGCUGCUGCAGUAUGAUCCGAAGCAACGUUUGGGCUCUGGUGCAAAUGGUGCAAGCAAGAUUAAGUCACACAUUUUUUUCAAUUCGAUUCAAUGGAAUAAGAUGGUUGCAAACUAAGUUCUAAAUGCAAGGGAUGGUGGAAGAAGUAUGCUUGAUGGAACACCAAAUUGAGUAGUUUGUCUGUCGAAUUGUGCUCCAAAUGAUCCACAUCCAUUGAAAAGCACUUGUUCCUACAAGAUGAAUGAAUCUGAGACACCAGCACUGCUGUCGCCUAGGGAAGAAUCCACAGAAUUGGGCUGGGAUCUGCAUGCUCAAAAGAAGUCAAAAGGACACUUCUGUUCUUUUUCUUCUUCCUAAUUGUGUGCCACAGCAGCUUCAUAAAAAUCCUAGGCACCUCAAGUUUCCUAUAAGGCAGUGAUGACCAAUUUGGAGCCCUAAAGAUGUCCAAUGUAACCCAAAUAGAAAUUGAAGUCAAGCAUCCUACCCUUGAAGUAAGUUCUGGCACUUCAAAGACCAAAUCUGAUGUGCCUUCACAAUAAUAUAAGUAGGGAUCUCCUUGUUUUAUCCUACUUGAUAGAUUUUUCCCCCCAAACCAAAUAUGAGGAGAUAACCUUAUGUUGUAUUUUCUCAUUUCUGUAUCUCAUGUUUAGUUCAAUUUUCAGAGGGUUAUCUAAUUUUUUCGUGCAUAUAUUUGCCCUAUAAAAUGUUCAUAUUUUUUCACCCCAUUUUUUAUUUGGUGUUACAACUUUUGCAGGUUAGUGGUGC